GGGAUUUCAGAUUAGCCUGGAAAGUGAGCUGUCCUGCUGCGCAUCAAGCACGAGAAUUUAUAUUCUGCUGACGAGAACCCCGGACGUACCUUUCCCCGCAUCUGUGAGCUUGUGCUUUGUCGGGGUGGAAGUUGCCAUCUUUCUGGAAUGAACGUACAACUCGCGAAUUGGAGACUAGAUUGAAGUCAGUGCGUAUAAUAUAUUAGCAGCUAAAACCAAAUCACUACGAGUUGUAUGUCGUUGAGCGAGCAUGAGGUUUACUAUUCAACUCAAAGACGCGUACUCAUCUUCUUCGUUUGCAAGGUAGAUCUCACCACCUCACAACAUAUUGAAGUCCUAAUCUAUUACACAUCGCAAGUCCCAGCCAGGCCAAGGACGAGAGCGACUCUUGAAGCAAAUUGAAAGCUAGUGCAUGGAUAGUCACUGCGGCACGACUGAGGUCGUCACAUCUAGAAGAGAAUAUUUGGACGAGCACGCAUGCGUUGGAAGUCAAAUACCUCCCGAGCUGACCGGCUGAACACUUGAACAUCUAAUUCAAACAACAUCAGCUCGAACUGAAAGUCAAACAGUUUACGAAUCAAAUCCUGUCAUGAGGCUUCGAUUGAUUGGGGACUUUGGUUCAUUUUUAGUAGACUUACAUCACGAGCUGGGCCAGAGGAAGGAAAGUUUGGUCAAGUAUGGAUUCCGGUGCAAUAUUCUGUAGCACAUUUACUCUAAAAGGACGAUGACGCAUCGCAGCAUGGACCCAUGGGCAUCUCUGUUGCGCGACACCGCCGGCGGGCACCGGGCAUGUUCAUUAGGCUUUGCACUGUGCUCUGGCUCCAGCAGAAGUAUUUUGAUUGAGCCGAGCACAGUGUCCGCCUCCGCUCGGGAUCAAGUUGCAAUGUCCAAGCCUGAAGAACGUGCAUAUAUCAAUUCACUAUCAAUAUUCAUGACGAGGAAGCUCUGACUCCUGCGAGCUCAGUCGAUCACGGAAACAUAAACUUCAACCAGCUCGCAGGACGUUUUUCUCGAUGACAGUAUAAUUGAGCCUUUGGUUUGGAACCUCAGUGCAAAGAGCUCCGGUCACAGAUUGUAAAGUUGUAAAAUUUGUCGAGCUUUUUUUUUCUGCACCUCUGCAUGUUUCCACUUUCACAGCAGUCGUCAAGACACCUUGGCACUCGGUUUUGAGUUGAAGCUGGAAGUCGUUUAGACUCUGGGCUCUUAUCCAUCUGGGAACUGUAGUGGCCUGGACCAUCUUAUGUGCAAAUGUAAAUAUCAGGAGUCGUAAGCAAGCGGCUAUCUUAUCUGUCGAGAGCAGCGAUCUUACUCUUUGAAUUGAUAGUCUGGUGAAAAAAGAUUGCAGGAUUGACGGUCAGUUUCCCGGCUGCUGCUAGUCAUCGUGCCAAACUGGUCCUCGGUUGCUUUCCUUCGGCUUCUUUAUAUUAUAUAGGUAUUAUAAGAAACUGCAAGGCGAGAAACCUUGUGAUAGAGAAGUAGAAAAGCAGGAAAACGGCAUAAGUCAAGAGUCUGAUGGAACCAGGUUUAGGACUGGUGAUCGGCGAGUUGGCGAAGAUACAUACACUGAUCGACGGAUGCUCCCGAAUUCUUCCACUAAUUUUGCGACACAAGUCUGCUUGCACGGAUUUCGCUUAUUUUCUCAAAGACAUCGGAAACAGAUUGCGAUGUAAGGUGUCAAGUACACUUUCUCAGAACAGGCAAAAGGAUCUUCUGGGGCAACUGCUAUUGAUGUCAGAUAAGCUCCGAGAUGCACAGGUUCUACUUUUAAGCCUAACAAGUCCCAAGUUUUGUUCGGAAACCACCACAGACCGGAUCAUACAUCUGCGAAUCGAAAUUCUCAUGACCCUGUCUAUCAUCACGCUGUUUAUGAGACGAGAUGAAUACGAUCCAGAUGCUACUCUCGACGACCUGGAAGAUGUAUCGGGUCCAUCCCUAUCACUCCUGCGCAGAAUACAGGGAUCAAGAAAGACUUUGGCAAAAUUUCCUCCGAACUGGAAACCGAUUCAUCUGAAAGAUAGCUUUGAGCGCACCGCUCUCAGCCCUCGCCAGUGUCGUCAUCGGGCCAAUCAUCAAGCCACAUCAACUGCACCUCUUCCAGAUGGUUCCACAAUUGAGAGAUUUAGCUAUCCAGCGGAGAUACAGAAGGUGACCGAAUCUAUUAACCCACCUUGGAAACAUGUGAAAGAGCUCGGGCGAGGAGGCUAUGGAAUUGUUUGGUUGGCCAAAGACAGCUCUGACAAAUUCUUUGCGCUGAAAGAACUUCAUCAUGAUCUUCCCACGAAUGUAAACGGGAUUUCUUUCGAAAGGGACAACAUCAACAGACUUCAGGAGCUUAAUCACAAGCACAUUGUGCGGUAUCUUGGGGUGGAAAGGAGUGGUGGCAAAUUGCGUAUAUUCAUGGAGCUUGCAGGUAAACGGUCACUGAGAGCCUUCUACUUAGCUCAACGGUUGAAGAUUUCCGAGGUUAGAGAAUUCACAAGGCAGAUACUCGAAGCCCUCGCAUAUGUUCAUUCAAAGCGCAUUGUACACAGAGAUGUGAAAUGUGACAACGUCAUACUCGAUGACUCUGGGACCUGCAAGCUUUGUGAUUUUGGAGUCGCAAGACAACUGCUUUCCAGCCAGGAUCAAGCCAAGACGCAGAUAGGAAGUGCUCGUUGGAUGGCUCCCGAGAUCAUUCGUCCGUAUCGACGUCCCGAUGGCACAUGUUUACUCGGUUACAGCAAACCAGCCGAUAUUUGGAGUCUCGGGUGCACGGUGUUGGAGAUGAUUACCGGCGACGUCCCGUUCCCAGAAGUGACCAACAAUAUUGCCGUGUUGUACAAGGUCGGAAAAGGGUCUCCAGAAGUACCCACGAACCUACCCGAAGACAUGAAGGACUUUUUGGCCAGAUGUCUAAGAACAGAUCCAGCAGGCCGGGACACGGCACAAGAGCUUCUGCAACACCCUUUCAUCGUCGGUCUCCCGGACCUCGGCGAUUUGUGGGAAGCAGAGUACGCAAGAAUACAAGAAUUGAGUCAUCCUCGACUGAAGGGACAUGCAGAGGCUGUUAUCACAAAAAAUAAACUGCAGUUCUCCCGCCUACAAAGCUUGGCUCUUAGUUUAUGAACAUACGACUCCUUUGUAAAAAUUUCCAGACCUAGGUUUUGACGUAACGCUGUUAGAACGUUGUUAGAGCAAGUUAAGGUUGAGGUCCAGUAUUAUGGAUCCUAAGCAGCUUUCCUUCCUAAACAGCUCGUUGAAUGAUAGUUUCUGUGCUAGAACGAAGAUAUACAUCAGAUCUGUCUUCAUCGACGCAUGCGCCGCCGAGGGAAAAGAGCAAGAACGUGAGCAGGAGUAGCAGGGAGAUACGGCUGUCAAAUGGCUCGGCAGCUCAUACCAUACAUAAGCCAUCCUGUGCAGUGCAGCUGCGGAUCUGACAACUGGAUACGAGUCCAGGACUGAGCUCUAGACUGAUCGUUGUUGGUAGCAUCGUCCGCACACGUACCCGAUCCUAAGGCACUGCUGCUGUAGCCAGUAAUUGUGUCCGAAAUCUUUGUAUAUGAGUAUUAAUAUUGUACAGUGGCAAGAUGCUCUGGUGCUUCUGCGCAUGAAGAAUGUUCCACUCCCUCGGUUCGCUCCUUGUCAGAGAUCAGAGUCUUACUUCGGGUGUCAUGAAAUCA